AUGGUCACAGCAUUUUUCGUCGCGUUCUCGGCGGCAUUCGGCAUGGCGGAGGCCAUCCGACAUACGCAACAGACAGCUAGAAGAAAAGAACAUCGCAGUCGCAAGAACAACUUGCUUAUCCGGUGCCGCAAAUCCACCAAAUACUCUCCGGAACUCGAAGGGAAACAUGUAGUUCUAUCCGGAGACAAGCUCUUCGUGGACACAGGAACUGACCCUGACUCGGCGUUCGGCCAUCAAUUUGCAGGGUACUUCUUGCCGUACCCCGAAGCCCAGUAUGCGGGCCUCGUAUCGACCAUCUGCGACGAGCCCCCGAUCAUGAAUUGGAUCUACGUGGACAGGGACACGUAUGAACUCAAGUUCGGGACCCGUCCGUACGCGCAACACAACUACAACGGUCCCUUCGACUGCACCAGGCAGGACCAUCGGCUCACCUUUGCCAGUUGGGAGGGCUUCUUUGUAGUUGAGAACGACGGCUUCUGGUCUCUGUACUUCGACGUCGAGCAGGACGGGUUAAAGUCGAAACUCGGGGAGGGUUGCCUUGCUUUGGAGGUGGAUCUCGUGCGCGUGGAGAUGCCUGUCAAGCCAGUGAAGCCGGAAGAGAAGGAGGAGCAGGCCGUGGGCAAAACCUCCGGCGAGGAAGGCAAAGAGAACGACGCUAAAGCGGGAGAGCCUGAGGUGCAGCUCGAGUCACCAGAAGUGGACUGA